UUGAUGUGACGGUGGUGAGUGAACUCCCUUUCUCUGUGCCUCUGCCUCGCACCGUCUCCUCUUUCCCCUCAGUCUGCAGAGAGCAGCCGCGCAGACGGCAGCCUGAGAGGUUUCACCAGGAUUUCAGCGAGCGACGAAGAGAGGGAGAGCAGAUCAACGCUGCGGCUUCGCCCCACUUCAUCAUGGACCUGUGGACUAGCCGAAGGCGGGGAACAAUCACACGGCUCGUCCUGAUGCUGGUCAGCUGGUGUGUGGACAUAAAUGCAGAAACAUGUCAGAGGCCGCUGGUAUCGAGUUUAUCACCGUCGUCAUUCAGAAGCUCCUCGCAGCUGUCCAGCAGUCAUGGGCCGGGUUUUGCUAAACUAAAUCGGAGAGAAGGUGCUGGAGGCUGGUCUCCUCUGAAUUCAGACAAAUAUCAGUGGUUGGAGGUCGACCUAGGUGGGCGGACGCAAAUCACAUCUGUUGCUACGCAAGGUCGCUAUGGGAGCUCUGACUGGCAAACGGCCUACCAGCUGAUGUUCAGCGACACGGGACACAACUGGAGGCAGUACCGAUGGGAAGGACGCAUAGGAACCUUUCCUGGGAACAGUAAUGCAGACAGUGUGGUCCAGCACCACCUCCAGCAUCCUGUGAUCGCUCGCUUCGUCCGCAUCGCUCCUCUCCGCUGGAAUCCAAACGGUCGGAUUGGACUCCGGCUGGAGGCUUACGGAUGUCCUUACAAUUCUGACGUGGUGAGCUUUGACGGCGACAGCAGCCUUAUUUUCAAGCUGAGUCUAAGACCGAGACAGACGUCCACUAACACCAUCCGCCUGACGUUUAAAACCGCGAGAAACUCUGGCUUUCUGCUCCACGCCGAGGGACAGAAUGAGCUCGGCCUCACUUUGGAGUUACAGGACGGACGACUCCUGCUGCUCCUCAGAAAAGGGAAGAGCUCCAGACAGCGUCUUGUGUCUCUGGGCAGCCUGUUGGACGACCAACACUGGCAUCGAGUUGCAGUGGAGCAACACAGCAGUCACUUCAACCUCACCGUGGACAAAAACACAAAGUGGGUGGUGAUCCCACCAUGGUUCACCCACUGGGAUUAUGACCAGAUGAGCGUUGGAGCAGAUCAGAACCUCGACUCUCAAAACGCAAAUAGAAAUUUCCACGGCUGUGUUGAAAACCUUCUCUACGACGGCCAGAACCUGAUUGACUUGGCUAAACAGAGGGACCAGAGUGUUACUGCGAUGGGCAACGUGACGUUUUCCUGCUCUGAGCCGGUCUUCGUUGCCGUGACGUUCACGGGCCCCCGGAGUUUCCUGCGGUUGCCCAAAGACACAGGUCUGCAUUCGGCAGGAGUCUCGCUGGGGCUUCAGUUUCGGACGUGGGACACGGAGGGGCUGCUGCUGACCUUUGAUCUCCAGAAGCGAGACGGGACGGUAUGGCUACACCUGAGAGACGCCAAAGUACAUCUUCAUAUCCACAAGGCAGGAAGGCCCCCCGUAGAGCUAAAAGCAGGUUCAUGCUUGAAUGACGGUCAGUGGCAUUCAGUGGACUUGAGAUCACGACAACAUCUGAGCGUCACAGUGGAUGGAACUGAAGUUGCCUCUGCAAGUCCCACAUACCCCAUCACUCCAGGAGGUCAACUUUUCUAUGGUGGUUGCCCGGCUGAAGGGAACGGCCACUCGUGCAGAAAUCCCUCCAGUGCUUUCCAAGGAUGUAUGCGUCUCCUGACGGUGGAAGACGAACUGGUGGAUCUCAUCAAGGUCCAGCAGAGGCUGAUGGGAGAUUACAGCGACCUCCAGAUCGACAUGUGUGGCAUUAUGGACAGAUGUUCCCCAAGUUACUGUGAGCAUGGAGGCAGCUGCACUCAGUCGUGGAGCUCGUUUGACUGCAACUGCUCCAGCACUGGCUAUGGAGGAGCCACAUGUCACAGCUCAAUAUACGAGCGGUCCUGUGAGGCCUACAAACACAGAGGCAACACAUCGGGAUAUUAUUACAUCGAUGUUGACGGUAGUGGACCCAUCAAACCACAGCUGCUAUUCUGCAACAUGACAGAAGACCAGACGUGGACAGUGGUCCAGCACAACAACACAGAACUGACCAAAAUCCAGCCGUCCACAGGAAGUAGUCAGCAUCUGACUCACUUUGAAUACGCUGCGGACGAAGAGCAACUAAUGGCAACCAUCAACCAAUCAGAGCACUGCGAACAGGAACUGGCUUACCACUGCAGGAAGUCCCGCCUUCUCAAUGCGCCAGAGGGCGGUCCGCUCAGCUGGUGGGUCGGAGGGCCCGGCGCGGGACAAAGGCAGACCUACUGGGGCGGGGCCCUUCCAGGCAGCCAGCAGUGUGCCUGCAGUCUGCAGGAGAACUGCGUGGACCCCAAACGCCACUGCAACUGUGAUGCUGACCGCACUGUGUGGUCCAGUGACUCUGGUCUGCUGACCCAUAAGGAGUCCCUGCCUGUCAGAUCGUUGGUACUGGGGGAUGUCUGGAGGCCAGGAUCAGAGAGCUCCUACCAGGUGGGACCCCUGCGUUGCUAUGGAGACAAAAGUGUCUGGAAUGCUGCGUUUUUUGCCAAGGAAACGUCGUACCUUCACUUUCCCACCUUCCACGGAGAGCUGAGCGCCGACAUCUCGCUCCUGUUUAAGACCACCUCAUCCUCCGGCGUCCUCCUGGAAAACCUGGGCAUCAGAGACUUCAUUCGACUUGAACUCAGCUCCUCCACGGAGGUCGUCUUUUCCUUUGACGUGGGUAACGGCCCACUGGAGGUAAGCGUGAAGGCCGGCGUCCCGCUGAACGACGACAGGUGGCAUCGCAUUCAAGCAGAGCGGAACGUGAGAGAGGCGUCGCUUCGCCUUGACGAGCUUCCCGCCGCCACACAGGAAGCCCCUGCUGACGGACACAUCCACCUGCAGCUGAACAGCCAAUUAUUUGUAGGAGGGACUGCUUCCAGGCAGAAGGGUUUUCAAGGAUGUAUCCGCUCCUUGCAGCUGAACGGUGUUACUCUGGACCUGGAGGAAAGAGCGAAGGUCACCCCCGGGGUCCAGGCGGGAUGCCCGGGCCACUGCGGCACCUAUGGUGGGCUUUGUCAGAACCAAGGCCGCUGUGUGGAGGGAACCAGAAGCUUUUCCUGUAACUGCAGCUCGUCUGCCUUCACUGGAGCCUUCUGUGACCAGGACGUCUCAGUCGCCUUCGAGCCGGAAACAUCCGUCAGCUACGGCUCGGAGGACCUGACCUCCAACCUGAACCUGAGAGGAGAAAACAUUUCCCUGAGUUUCCGGAGUGGCCAGAGUCCUGCUUUGUUCCUUUACAUCAGCUCUCGCCGCAGACAGCACCUGGCUCUGCUGCUCAACAAGCAAGAACAGCUAGAGAUGAGGUACAGGCUGGAAAGUAGCAAAGAAGAAGAAAUCCUCAGGAGCAAAGUGAGGUCCCUCGCUGACGGACAGCUGCAUUCUGUUUCCGUCAGCAGACUGGCCGACUCCGUCACCAUGCAGGUUGACCAACAUAGCAAAGAAGAUUUCAACCUGACCUCUGGUGUUGAAUUUAGUGACAUAAGGUCACUGACUCUUGGUAGAGUUCACAACUCUCAGGAUUUGGAUCCGGCGCUGGCUCGGCUCGGCUCUCUGGGUUUCGCCGGCUGUCUGUCUGCUGUCCUCUUCAACUCCGUCAGCCCUCUGAAAGCCGCCCUCCUCCGACCACGCGCCAGCUCUGUCGUUGUCAGGGGGCCGCUCAUCCGGUCCAGUUGUGGCCCCGCUGCAGCCAAUCCCCACGCAGCGGAAAACACACCCCACCAGCCAGACCAAUCAGGGUCGGCAGGAGGAGGCCAGCCGUCAGUGAAAUCCCUCAGAAGUGACUCGGCUCUCAUUGGAGGCCUGAUGGUGGUGAUCUUUGGGAUUGUUGCUGCAUUAGCCAUACUGAUCCGAUUCCUGUACAGAAGAAAGGGAACAUGCCAAAACCAGGAGCUGACAAAGACAGAAGAUAACACCAGACUGCAGUUUACCAGUCAGACCAUCUCGCAGUUCGGUCCGACUGAGAGCCAGAAAGAAUAUUUUAUUUAGACGUAACCUCCCGGAUGGCAGAUUGAGACACUUUGUAAUUCCUCAAGUGCUUUGCACAAUAACCCGAUAUGUGAUUGUGAUGUAUAUGCAGUUUGUGAAGUUGAACUGUCAGAAAAGCAAAACAGUGUCACAACAGUCAGCUGUGAAUGGAUAAUGAUGUAAAUGAAUAUGAUAGAUGUUUAACCUUUGCAGGCUGGAAGAAAAUAUUUGAACUUUGUCCUCUUGCUCUAUGAACGGCUGUGAGAAAUGUAUGUACUUGCAAUAAUAUAUUUUUUUCCUCUGUAAAUGUUUUUAAGGCAGUAUAAAUGAUUUUCUUAUAAAAACACCUUACUUUUGUCAUCUCCGCAGCAGGUGUCAAUACACAUUAAAAUAACUGAGUGUUUUUAUUCUGGGCAGGCAGAAACCAAGAUUAUGUUUAAAACUGACACAAAUGCAAUCUUUUACUCCUGGAUAUGUUUCUUUAAUAUGAUUUUUUAAAUUUUUUUUAUUAAAUAACAUGUUUUUAAAUUUUUGACCAUUGUUGUUUCUCUUCCUUUGAUUUCUCUCAGAUGCUUCAUCAUCUGCCUGAAUCAUCAUUUAAUGUGUAUUUUCAUUCUAUAAAUCCAUAACAGGCAUUUAUAAGGUCAUACAUUAUUUGUUAAAAUGAUAUUUCGACAGUAUGAUGUAAGACAGACAAUAUGUGAAAGAAUAGAGCUCCUCUGAAUUCUGUUUGUUGCAUUAUGAAUUUCAUAUUUACAUAAAAACAACUUUGCUCUACCGUUUCUAUUGCAGCUCUGAAGACCAAACACAAGUUUCCAGUUGGACUCUGUAGCGGUGAUGAUGCUUUAAAAACCAGACUGACUUCCUCAGUCUUCAUCAUCAUCACAGAACCACAUUUGAAGCUUGAUCAUUUAUAUUCCUUUUCAUUUUAUUUGUUCAUGACUCAGUCUAC